GACGUGAUCCAGAAGCGCAGAGACGGACUCCGGCGAGGAGAUUAAAAUUCAGAGCGCGAUGGGAGUGUUCACAAAUCGAACAAUCGCGAGCAGUUUCGGUGCAGGGAUUCUCCAACCUUGCAGGCAAACUCUCCGGGAACAGUUGGGUACUUGUGUCUGGAGAUUCUCAGCCCGGUGACGAUGGCGACCAGUGUUGCAGCCAUGCAGUCUGUCUCUGUGGCCCAGAUGGACACCAAGGUGUCGACAGUCGCUACCAAGAGCGCUGUGCGCAGCUCUGCGUUCCUUGGCUCUAUGAGCAGGGUCUCAGCCAAUGUGACUUUGGGCGUUGCUAGCAGCAAGAGCCGCGUCGUGUGCGAGGCCGAGAAGACAGGUGAGCCUCCUAAGAAGGUCGACAGGUGGGCUGGACUUGGCAAUGAUAUCUCCGAUGACCAACAGGACAUCCAGCGUGGGAAGGGCAUGGUGGAUGCCCUCUUCCAGGGUGCCGUCGGCCUGGGAACCCAGGUUGUGACCAUGAGCUCGUGGGACUACGUCAGCACCGGCCAGAGGACUUACAACUUCGACAACAUGAAGGACGGUCUGUACAUUGCGCCCGCCUUCAUGGACAAGCUCAUCAUUCACAUUGCCAAGAACUUCAUGAACUUGCCAGGCAUCAAGGUGCCCCUUAUCCUGGGUGUCUGGGGAGGAAAGGGUCAGGGAAAGUCCUUCCAGUGUGAGCUUGUCAUGUCCAAGUUGGGUAUUAACCCCAUUGUGAUGAGCGCCGGAGAGUUGGAGUCUGGAAACGCCGGAGAGCCCGCCAAGCUCAUCAGGCAGAGGUACAGGGAAGCCGCAGAUGUCAUCAAGAAGGGUAAGAUGUGCGCCCUCUUCAUCAACGAUCUCGACGCUGGUGCCGGACGUAUGGGAGGAACCACCCAAUACACUGUCAACAACCAGAUGGUGAACGCCACCCUCAUGAACAUCGCCGACAGCCCCACCAACGUGCAGCUGCCCGGAGUGUACAACAAGGAAGAAAUCCCUCGUGUGCCAAUCAUCGUGACAGGAAACGAUUUCUCUACCCUCUACGCGCCCCUCAUCCGUGACGGACGUAUGGAGAAGUUCUACUGGGCGCCCACCCGCGAGGACCGAAUUGGUGUGUGCAAGGGUAUCUUCAGACUGGACAACGUCAGCGACGACAACGUCACCAAGCUGGUCGACUCUUUCCCUGGCCAAUCCAUUGAUUUCUUCGGUGCUUUGAGGGCUCGUGUCUACGACGACGAGGUCAGGAAGUGGAUCUCAGCCACUGGGGUGGACAACAUUGGAAAGAAGUUGGUGAACUCAAAGGACGGUCCCCCUACCUUUGAGAAGCCCGCUAUGACCAUCGAGAAGUUGAUGGAGUAUGGAAAUAUGUUGGUGCAAGAGCAGCAGAACGUGAAACGUGUGCAACUCGCCGACCAGUACUUGUCCUCUGCUGCCCUCGGAGACGCAAACGCCGACGCCAUUAGUCAGGGAACUUUCUACGGCGGUGGCCAAGCUGCUGCAUCUGAGUAGAGAAUUACUUCAGCUCGGUGGUCGUAGAGGCGUGUGUAAGGCAUGUGAAAGUUGUUCCAACCCAAUUGCGUAGGGCCCGUUUCUCAUGCCUACUGUGACCUUUAGAUUUCGAAUGCAACUCCUGGGCUUUUGUAGUUUUGCCCUAGAUGUGCAUUGAUCCCAUCAGACGUGGAGUGAUUUAUUUCUAUGUAGCUCUUCCUUUUUCUUUCGACUGAGUUCAUAUCUGGUUUGGAGUCUUCACUCUGCAGUGGAAAUGUCCAUCCCAUAUCAAAUCGAACUGUUGUGAAGUAGCCCAAGGCAUAGGUGAGCAUGAUGCACUGGCAGAGAUAUAUUAUACGCUAGGCACUUGAAGGCGUAGUUUGUUAUUUUCAAGUAAUGAUUUUAACAUGAAAUUUGUAUUUUUUUUUCUCGUA